CAGCUAUGCUUUGUGGUCAAAAUCCAGAGCAAUCAAAUAGGAAUCAUCAUGAAGAUGAAAGGAGAAAAGAAAAAUGGAGAGAAAGAGGAGAAGAAAAAGAAGUGGAAGUAGAAGAAAAACUGGAAGAGGAAGAGGAAAAGGAAGAACGAUGUCCCCAGGAACGAUUAGUCAGCAAACCCCUCAUGGACACUCUCUGGGCAAUGUUUAAGUUAAACAAAUGCCCCACAAGAGGAGAUAGCCAAUCACUGGCAUUUGAAUUUAACAUGACAGUAAAACAGAUAAAGCAAUGGUUUCGUAAAAGGAGGAAGAGCUACAAUAAAGAUAUGUACAAGCAGAAAUAUAAGAAAAGAUCUAAGAGAAUGCUAGCAAGAUUUAAUAAAUAUUGGAAGAACAGGUCAUAUCCAAAAUCUCCCUUCUGCAGAGGUGCCCCUGAUGCCAAAAUCUGCAUCUUUGAGGUGGGGCAGAAGAAGGCAAAAGUGGAUGAGUUCCCACCAUGUGGCCAGAUAGUGUCUGAUGGAUAUGUGCAGCCUUUCUCUGAAGCUCCGGAGGCUGCCCAUAUUUGUUCCAGCAAGUACAUGGUGAAAAGCUGUGGCAAAGAUGGUUUUCACAUCUGAGUGAGGCUCCACCCCUUCCACAUCAUCUAUAUCAAGGUGUUGUCUUGUGCUGAGGCUGACAGGUUCCAGAAAGGUAUGCCAGGUGCCUUUGGGAAGCCCCAGGGCACAGUGGCCAGGGCCCACACUGGCCACGUCAUCGUGUCCAUCUGUACCAAGCUGAAAGACAAGGAGUGGCUGGUUGAGGUCCUAUAUAGGGCCAAGUUCAAGUUCCCUGGCUGCCAGAAGCUCCACAACUCCAAGAAGUGGGGCUUUACUAAGUUUAAUGUGGACGGAUUUGAAGACAUGGUGACUGAAAAGCCGCUCAUCCCAGAUGGCUGUGGGGUCAAAUAUAUCCCUACUCAUGGCCCCCUGGAAAAAUGGUGGGCUCUGCACUCAUGAGAACCUGGACACUGCCCCCUCCCUAUUCAUGUCUGUCAAUAAAUCCUACUUGUUUAAAAAGGGUGGGGAGGGGGACACCUGGGUGGCUUAGUGGUUGAGCACCUGCCUUCAGCUCAAAGCAUGAUCCCGGGGUCCUAGGAUCGAGUCCUGCAUGGGGCUCCCUUUGAGG